AUGUCGUCGACAAAGUCGGCGAUAACUACCUUGGCGAUUCGAUUACAAAGAUCAUUCUCGUUAUCCGAGCAAUCGAGUCUGAGGCCACCUCAAAAGACCUUCUCAUGGCCACUCGAUGCAUCCGCUGCCCAAAUCAAAUCCUUGCCGGUCAUCAAGCUCGCAUCCUUCGAGCGAUGUUCUUGCGACGGAUUCGACGCAGAGCAAGCCCACUUGAGCGUUCAUACGCACAAGACCGAGCUACGCGAAGCGAAGGGCGUGGCCAUUUCUUACACUUGGGGCGAGUUCGAUCGACAGAAACGGUGUAUUGGUCGUAAGUGCGGCAGCCCUGCCAAUGCUGUCUUUAUGGAGCUUGGAGCGGAAUGGAGAGUUUCUAGCGUCCAAGAACGCCUGGCGCAGUUGACGAAACAAUAUGGCGGUUGUUGGGUCGAUCAGUUCUGCAUGCCGCAGAGCGAGGAGAAGAUAAGGCAGACUUUAGCCUCGAUUCCGUCGAUUUUCCGCACCUUGCAUGUCACUGUCCUCCUCCCUGGUUCGCUAUGUGGCUGUCUGCGAAAGCGUUCGAUGAAUAUCAGGCCGCCAAACACGAAGCAGAUGCACAGGAAGCCUCUGCAGAACAGCCUCCCGAAGCCAGUGCGCAACUUGACAGACGCAUGGAACGUUUAA